CAUUUUGUAAUCGUUUCUUUCUCGUCGCAUUUUCAAGCCAUCACGCCAGCUCGAAUUUUCACACUGUACAGUGUUAAGUAAUUUACAGUAAAAAUUUGUUAAAUUCACCAAACUGUUUUGAGUUAAAUUUAUCGGAAAACUUCGCGGCGGUGUUUGCGCGGUGCUUUUGAAGUUGAAGUUGAUUGUUUUCGUUGGUUUUUGCGGGGGGAAUUUGAUCGAUUUUUUCCUGAAAAAUUGACGCUAACGAGGUUAACCGAAGUGACGCUUGGGUGUUUAGAUAAGGGAUAAACAUUAAGAAUGAGUUCCGACGAGGAGCAGCAAGUGGAAGAGGUGUCCCCGUCACGGAAGCGGGCCCGCACGUCCAGAGGGACGGACGAUUCGUCGGGGCCGUCCCCGUCGAAGAAGCCGGACGAUUCGGAACUGGACGGAAUCCAUUAUGCGUGCAGCGUUUGCGACCAGGUGUUCCUGCACAAGGCCAACUACCUGCGGCACACGCAACGGCACGAACCGCCGGGCGGGUUUCUGUGCUCGAUCUGCGUCCAGCCGUUCACCACCGACUGGGACCGGAACAAGCACAAGCGGGACGAGCACAGCGUCUUCCGGUGCCGGCUGUGUAAGGAGGAGUUCCCCGUGGAAGACGAUUACAAUGAACACAUCCAGGAGCAGCACGCAGGGCGGGACCGGGAGUACGACAUCUGUCCGACCUGCGGGCAGCAGUUCCGGACGGCGUCGCAGCUCAAGGUCCACAUCGAGUCCAACUGCGGCACGGACAAGAAGCACGAGUGCGAGGAGUGCCACCAGCGCUACUUGACGCUGGCCUCGCUGAACGCGCACAUGAUCAAGCACGCCGGCAUCAAGAGCCAUCUGUGUAACUUUUGCGGCGCCAGCUUCCUGAACAAGGGCCAGCUCAAGGUGCACGUCCGGAUGCACACCGGCGAGCGGCCGUACAAGUGUAAUCAAUGCGAUAAGGCCUUUGCCCAUCGGGAAAGUUUGAUCACCCAUUCGACGACCCACUCCGGGAUUAAGCCGUACUACUGCAGCUACUGCCAGAGUCGGUUCUCGUGCAUUGGAAAUUUGCUCAAACAUCGUCGAGCUCGCGCAGACACGUGUGGAUUGCCGCAGUACUGCCAAACUAACAAGAUCGCCGCCAGACCAAACAUCAAGACAAUGCCCAACCUCACCGAUCGCCCAGUCUACACCCAGAAGGUUGUACAGCGCUCGAGUCCGGUAAAGUCGCGCAGCAAACCGAAGCCGAGCGAAAUAGUCGUCUCCGUCGAGGUGGUUCCGCCGAAGAAGCGCCCCAGCAAACAGGUGGCCCGCCCUGCGUUGCCACCGCCGCCACCCUCGACCGUCCACUCAGAUGAAGAAGACGAUCGUACGAAGGACUUUGAGGACGAGUACUACGAGAGAAAGCCGAACGUGGCCAAGCUAAAGGUGGCUCCGGCCGCCGCCGGGUCCAAGUAUCGGCGGUUGGUCGAUCUUAAGGUCGAACCGGGCGAUUCGGACGAGGCUGGCGAGUGUAGUGUCGUUAAGGUCGAGAAGCAAGCCGCCAGCAGUGGAGACGAUGAGCACGUCGAGUUCUUUGAGGUGAAAAUCGAGCAGGAGAACGACGAGUUGAUUGAAACCAUCGAGGAGGAAACGCUGGAGGAGUACGAGGAGGUCCUGUCGGAGAAGGUGGUCACGCUGGACAGCAAGGGACGCGCCGUCGUGGACAGCGACGACGACUUCAACGACGCCACCAACGAGGACUACCUUGAAGAGGCGACGGACGACUUCCAACCGCCAAAGCAGCAGGAUCAGUAUCAUGAUGGCGAUGUCGUGAUUAAGCGGAAAUUUACCACGAAGCCACCGGUGGUGACGCAGCCGAAGCGACGCGGACGGCCCAAGCGACCGCCAGCGCCAAAGUUCCAGAACGUCAACCCGGAGCAUGUGAUCGUGAUCAACUUGGAGGAGAAGCAGAAGGUCAUCGACGAGCAGCGGGCCAUUUACGACGCAAACAUCAUCGAGGUCACCGUCGGCUGUCUGCAGUGCGGCAUCUGUCCGGCGCAGUACUGUUCACCGUUUCUGGCUGCCCGUCAUCUAGAGCGCGACCACGGCAUUAUGAUGCACGAGCUGGGAGAAACGCUCCGCUACGAUCGCGUGUUCACGCGCGAGCGCAAAUAUCAGUGCCGCUUCUGCAACCGUCUGUACGUGAACGAAAAAGCGCUCGAGAAGCACAUCCUGCUGCACGGACCAAACGGCACGGCCGUGCACAAGUGCCCAAUCUGUACGAUCUACUUCGAAUCGGAAGAGGAUGCACUGAACCACUCCCGGAUCGAGCAUCGCGAGAAGCUCGAAUGUCCGGUGUGUUUCAAGUUCUUCAGCAAUCAAGAACGCAUGAUCAAACAUCGCAAGCAGAUCCACGAACAGACCCGCGUCAAGCAGGACCACGUCUGCCCCAAGUGUGGCAAAAACUUUUCAUCCCGCGGGGCCGUGUCCGAUCACGAGCGCUCCAACUGUGGCCAGAACCCGAUCUACCCGUGCGAAAUCUGCGGCAAGCGCUACAACACGUCGUCCUCCCUCAAGAACCACUACAGUCUUCACUCGGACGAACUGCCGUUCUCCUGUCAGUACUGCGGCAAGUGCUACCGCACCCGGGGCCAGGUCAAGGUUCACGAGCGCACCCACACCGGUGAGAAGCCAUACGCGUGCGAUUUCUGUCCGAAAAGGUUUGGCCAUCGCGAGACGCUUCACACGCAUCGGUCGCUGCACACCGGCAUCAAGCGGUACAUGUGCUCUGGCUGUGGAAUGCGCUUUACGUGCAUCUCGAAUCUGCAGGCUCAUCGGCGGUCGCACAAAACCACCUGCGGCAUGAUUCCGACGUACUCGAAGGUGCGCGGACCGGACGGAGUGCACGAACUGCCUGAGGGGUAUGAGCUGCCGUACCCGCUGAAUGAUCAAGAAACGUAAAUUUUUAAGUGCUUUUUUAUCCUUGUAAUGUACCUACCUACUAUGAACACGAUAAAUCUAAUCAAUAAAGGUAGAAUAAGCACAA